AGAUGAUGUGAUUCGGUUUCCAGUAUUAUAAACGAUAUACGAAUGACUGGUUUGCGUAAUAAAUGCAAUUCAAACUGAGAAAUAGUGAGACAACAAUACUUUUGAGAUGAUAUCGUACUGAAAGAGCAAAAGGCUGUGAUUUUUGACCGACAAUUGUCGGCAUUCGUUGGUAAAGGCUAUGAGCAGAUGGACGGCCCGACACGUGUUGAGACCCGUUGUUAUAAUGUCGCGAAAGCUGUCAUAUUUGGCCACUCUUUUCAUUACACUCUUCCUUAUUAUCGCUUAUUUACAACAAAAUCGAAUUACAGAAUAUUCUCGAUAUAAUUGGCUUCAAUCAGGGAAUCGAGAGCUUCUAAGUCUACAAAAUAGUGCUAAUUAUAAACAAACCCCAAACUCGACGACACAUUUGGGCCAUAAAAUCGAUACAUUGAACACAAAUGCUAUUCUUAUUAACGGCGCGCAGAAGAAUGUGGAGAGACUGUCGACACCAUCGGCACAGACGGCGACCACCGACUCGACAGCGACCACAACCACAACGACAACGACCGGCAAUACCUGUGAACCCAAAUAU